GUCCCACAUUCAGACUUUUAUAAGAGACAAUGCAACUGUUUGUGUUAAGAUACAGAAAAAUCUGCAAGUAUUCAUCUGUACAAGUUAAAUAACUUUUCAAAGCUAAUGGAAUUGAUGUGUGAGCUUAAAGAUAUAACAAGUCCAGUAAUGAACCAGUUGGACCUCUCCGUAGACCAAAUUAGUGAAAUAAAUAAGGUAUUUCAUAAUGGCUUUCAAAGUUUUAAGUUAAUCUCAUGGGAUAAACAGGGACAUAUAUUUUAUCUGGUACGCAAGUCACCUUCCCAGCUGUCCACCUGCAGCUUCUCAGAUAAACCCCAUACUGCUGCGGCUAAACGACAUUCAUGGAACAUUAGGUGAGCUGAUUUACUUUAGUUUUUAGUACAGCUGUGAUAUCAGUAUUUCAAAUAAAUGUCAACACUUUGCUUUUCAGACCUUACUUUUAAACAGAUGCCGUCUUUCAAUAAAAGCUUUGCAGAUGAGUGAUGUCUUCCUUUAGGACUGUUUCAAACACUUCUGUCAUCAUUCACCCUCCAGGCUUCUACAUUGUUGGAUUUGAUUCAUUUCCCUUCAUAUCUGUGUAUUUCAUCUUCCUGGCAUUUGUUUAUGUGUUUUCAGUGAUGUUUAACUGUUUGCUGAUUUAUACAAUUGCUGUGAAUCACAGUUUGCACACUCCAAAAUUUCUGGCCAUCACCAACCUGGCAGUGAUAGAUUUAGUCUUUAACUCCUGCACCAUUCCUGGCAUGAUAAAGAUUUUUCUAAUCAAGGAUAACUUUGUUCCAUUUAACCUGUGUCUUGUACAAAUGUUUGUAUAUUAUGCAUUUGUAGCACUAGAAUCGUAUGCUCUCACAAUACUGGCCUAUGACAGGCUGAUUGCUAUAUGUUUCCCGUUUAGACAAAGCUCAGUCAACACAGUGCGCAGCAUGUGCUGCAUUAUCAGUGUUACCUGGUGUUUAGCUGUUGGAGUGGCAGGAUUUUCAACAAUCAUAAUGACCCGACUGUCUUUUUGCAACUCUGUCAGAGUGGUUAGUUAUUUUUGUGACUAUGCACCUGUGUUUCGACUUGCCUGUAAUGAUAACUCAUUGCAAUGGUCCACAGCUUCAUUCUCCUCCAUUUUUGUCCUCGGGGUGACUUUUGUUUUCAUUUUCCUCACUUAUGUGAGCAUCCUGGUGACUGUGUUCAGGAUGAAAUCUGUGGACCGACGAGUGAAAGCUUUGGCCACAUGUGUUGAACAUAUAACUGUUGUUGCUAUAUUUUACAUUCCUAUUUUUGUUAUUUUUGCCAUUGGAUUUUAUUCAAGGGUAGUUGAACCAGAGAAGAGAGUUCUGAGUCUGUCGUUGGCAUCUUGCAUGCCUCCUUGCAUUAAUCCUAUUGUUUAUUCUCUGAAAACAAAAGAGAUCAAAAUUAGAGCACUGGCUAUCUUUAGAAAAUCUAAAGUUAAUGCAAAAAUCUGAGCAAAAUCCAAAUCAAUCCUCGUAGACUCUAGAAGUAACAAAUAACCUAGAAAAAAUAAUAAUGAACAGAUCUCAUCUCUGCUUUUUCCUUUGUUUUUUCUUUGUUGUCUUUAAUAUCAAUAUAUAUGAAGUUUUCAGUGAAUUACUUGAUUUUCUGGAACAUUUCUCGGCUGAUUUUAUUUUUAAAUUAGGGUAGGUUUUUUUUCUUUACUUAAUUCUUAUGUAUGGAUGCAUUUGUCUGUAGUCUGUUGAGAUGUCACCACACAUACUGUGGUACAAUUUUUUGUAAUCUGCACCUUGUAAAAGUCAAUUAAAACUAAGGGUUCAUUCUA